AUGUCUCUUUUGAUGUAUUCUCGCUUCGUUCGCAGAGUUUCGAGGAACAAAGCCGGCAAGGUGGAUGGAGUGAAGUUUUUCGACUUUGAUGAGCACUAUGCCCACUUCAGUUCCUCCGUUCAGGAAGUGAGAGCAGCAGAUGACAGUGUUGUGGUGCCUUCAGAUUUGCACCUUCCGAAGGAUGCUGAGGUGCAGAAGUACGCAGCUCACAUGUUGGGAUUAUCUUUUCCAUUCCCAACGUGUUCUGGAGAUUGCAGUUUGUCACAUCGAUGCUUUGCUUGCCACACCAUGGGAGAAGAUGCAAAGCAAGGCGUUCUUUUUGCUCGUUUUACGCUGCAUUGGAAGCACUGGAAAAGUUACAUGUCAAUGAGGAGGUGUUUGGCGGAGGAAAGAGUUUUGGCCGGUUUGUCUGCUCCGGUCAUCCGGGAUGUUGCAUCAGUGCGUUCCUAUGUUGCUGGCAUUGGUGACACCAGCAGUGCUUUUAGAUGUUUGGAGAAGCUGUUCGGUGGAGCAGAAGGAGCGGAUUGUCGCUAUCAUGACAUGCUGCGCAUCUGUGAGCGCGUUGCCUGGUUCGCAGACUUGUCCGUUCCGUUUCAUUACACUCAGUUGACAUCGCAAGAGUUCUUGGCCUAUAUUCAGACAUCGUGGUUGGAGCGUUUCCAGCAGCACUGUGCUGCACGUCGUCUCAGCAGCAGUCGUCGGACAGCUGAGCGUUAUGCUUUGAUGACUGCUUUGGACAAGGAGGAGGACCUGGAAGAUGAUUCGGCACCGCCGGUUAUAGAAGGACACGAGGUCGAGGAUGAUCUGCUAUUGCAAGAAGAGUUGGACAACUUGGAACGUGCGCAGUGGCCGGUGGAUGGAGAAGCAUUGCACGAAGCUAUGUUUCGGGAAGAGGAUUGGAUGAAGGUGUUGGGCAAUCGAAAGCCAUCUGUAUUGCAGGAUGCGUUGCAGCGUUUGCGUGACUUUGUGAAUGGUUUGGGAGGUGUUCCGGAUGCGAGGAUUGAUUUGGGAAUCAAAGGCAACGCAGCCAGUGGAUUGGAGCGUAAUUGGACGUUCGCCGAAGCCCAGAGGUCUUUGAUGCUGCAGAAGCAAUAUUUGGAAUUUUGCGUUGGAGGUGGUGAAGAGGAUACUGAGAUGAUGGCAGAUCAUGUUUUUCGGCCUUUGCCAGAGACGGAAGAUGCCUUUUUGGUGGAGCUGAACCAGAGGAAUGUGGGUCCGAGUGAUUAUGCUUCUGCCUUGCUUGUGGAGCACAGUCUGAAUCGCCAACAGAUUUUGGCCAUUGCGCCCAUUGCUUGGGUCAUGGAACAGAUGUGGCUUAACCGAAGCAAUCCGGACAAUUGCAUUGCGGAUGGUGCGUGCAAUGAAAGGUGCAAUUGUCUUUGGCUCGGAGCUGGUGGAUCUGGAAAGACGUAUGCAUACAGCAAAGUAUUGAGGCCACUCUUUCGACGCUUCUUUGGACAGGAUGGUUAUGUUGCUGGUGCUCCGACUCACGCUGCUGUUCGCCUCCUGGGGCCUGAGGCCAAAACUUUGCACAAGUGGGCCAAUGUGCACAAGAGCAGCAGCUUGGAUCGCCGCUCCUUGCGUUCGGCGAAGAGCAAGGGCAGCCCGAUCGAAAAGAAGAUCGAAGGCAUCAUGGCUAUGCUGUUGGACGAGUUGUCGAUGGUUCCUUCGGAUGUGUACCAUGCUGCUUCGCUUCGAUUUGCCACUGUUCGACAAGCUCGACUUAUGCUUGACAUGGGCGACUACUUGAAGCAGUGGUUUGGGAAGGUGCCCAUUGGUGUGCAAGUUGCUGACUUUCUACAAUUGCGACCCACUGCGCAAGCAUCCUUGUGCGAAUGGGUGGAUGCGCCACGAGCUACUGAUCCUGCACCGCCUCAAGACCAAGAAGACCAAAGCGAUGCCGAAGAGGCCGUGGAGAAGGAGGCGGCUGAACGCACCAGCAAUGCCUCAGAACUUGGACGGAUCGCGUUCAAGCAAUCGCUCCAGCGAGUUGUGCGCUUCACUGGAUCCGGUCGUUUUUCGAAGUGUGCAUCCGGACAGCAGCUUGUGAGGAUUCUUUUGUCCAUGCGGCGAGGCGAACAUCUGGAGGAUGCAUUGUGGGAAGCUUUGGAAUCUCGAGUGAUCAGCCGAGAGCAACUUUUUUCUGACAAUUCCUUGCGCUCAAGGUUGUUGAGUGCUCACUGGGGCGGCCUGGCGUGGGAACAGGUUGCUCGUUUACAGCAUUUGCGGGUGGCUUGGGAAGCUCAACAGAGAUCCACGACUCUUUUCUUGGUGCAAGCUGUUGAUCGUGCAUCGGGGCCCACAGAUUUGACAAGGGAGCAGAGCCUGAAGGCAUUGCAGGUUGUGAACAUGACAAGAACGCAGUAUCUCAUGGGCAUUUGCCCUUUGUAUGAAGGGAUGGCAGCACGUGUUAGUUGCAUUUUGGACAUGCCGAUGCGGAGUCGAGAGUUGCCGGUCAUUGUUCGCUCCAUUAAGUUGCACCCGAAGGAACCUGUAAUUUCAAACAGCAGUGGACGUGUCGUUUUGCAAUAUCAGCCGUUGGCCGUCUUGGUGGAGAUCGAUGACCCGGAAUAUCGUGCCAUUGAAUUGCCAGAUGGCAGUGCUCCGAAAGGACACGUUUGGCUGCGUCCCGUUACAUGUGAUCAGGUCUGGGAUCUUCCUCUUGGGGGCAAUCAAUUUAUGCAGGUUCAUCGCAAACAGUUGCCACUGGCACCUCGUCACGUUCUCACGCACUACGGUUUGCAGGGCAUCACUGCCAGACAAGGGCUGCUUGCUUUCAUGUCCAAACCGUCCUGGAUGAGUCAAGCGGACUAUGGCUUGGCUAUGUACGUGAUGUUGUCAAGGCCAACCAAGCUGGAAGAUCUGUGGAUAGUGGAUUUGCCGCCUCGCAAUGUGUUCGAAAAGUUUCUGCACGAACACAAUCCUCUUUUGGUGCAGCGGAUGCGGGAGUUUGAAGGUCAGGCCUGCGUGGACGAGCGGAAGGCCUUGAAGUAUGUGCAUAAGACUUUCAUGGCAGUGCAUCCCUUGGGUGUCACAGCAUUUGUCUGCAGAUGA